UGGCGUCCAGCUUGGAGUGGGUCUUCAGAGAGAACUCACUGCGGACCUGAAGACAGAAGAGCAGAGAGACCACACUCAGAGACAGCAGCCGGUCUGCUCCGACUGAAACUGCUGUUUUUAUCAUCUACGUCGAUUAAUUAAGGAUUUAUUUCCACCAAACCAGAGUUGGUGAUUGUUGGAACAGCUGAAAGACUAGCAAAGACGGUUUUGUAUCUGCAGACUGACCUGCUUUGGGCCUGGCGGUGGCGAGGACAGCCAGGGUCAACACAAUGAAGCCACACAGUCUCAUCUUCGUCCUGAUGAUAGUGAUCUAGCAGACGGGUCGCUCACAGCUGGACUCUGGAACUGGAUCAAACUGUGAGGAGGGAGAGGAGAGGUGGCGGUGACGAUGGUGAAACUGCAGCAUGUGGAACAUCUGGAUGGAAAGAACCUGAACCUGCAGCACUGAAACCAGAACGAGAAGAGGAGCAGAAGGAUUUUAACCAAGAAGCUACAGAACUUUAAUUUCAGCGCCAUUAUCUUGUGAGAGCAGAGUCACAAUGGACCUGAAGAGCAACCCCUCUUAAUGUCAGCCGAGGUCAUCAUGGAGGAGUUGGACACUGGGGAAGAUGGUAGGAAAGAAACAUCGACCAACCAGCCUGGAUACUCGCAGGCAGACAGCGCCCUGUUAUACCCUCCUCCUCAGUCCCCCGACCCGGUCAGCACGUUGACUCACCUGGGGACGCUGCUGGCCGGACACGACGCACCGAGGACCGGCGGAUGGGACAGGAGACUGGACAUGGGGUUUCAAGGCUGUCAGUUACUGGGAUCAACAAGGGAACCAGGUAGAGAAGCUCACACAGACCAGAGUGUCACCAUCCUGCACGCCAAGGUCGCUCAGAAGUCCUACGGCAACGAGAAAAGGUUCUUCUGCCCUCCGCCUUGUGUUUACAUCAGCGGUCCUGGAUGGAGAGUCAUGCAGGACCAUCUGAAAGAGGCCGGCUAUGGAGACUCUGUAUAUCGAGUGUGUGGUUACAUGUGUCUGGACAGCUCCAGUCAGUCUCAGACCGACACAUUCAAACUGGUCUUUGACCAACAGCCAGAUUCCAGGAUGUUUGCCUGUGCCAAGUCGCUGUUCAUCUCCGAUCAGGACAAGAGGAAACAUUUCUGCCUGUUGCUGCGUCUCUUCUUGGGCAACAGACAGGAAGUGGGUUCGUUUCAGAGCAGGUUGAUUAAAGUCAUCUCCAAACCGUCCCAGAAGAGACAGUCCAUGAAGAACGCUGACUUGUGUAUCUCAUCAUGCUCCAGAGUAGCUUUGUUCAACCGUCUACGCUCUCAGACGGUCAGCACUCGUUACCUCUCAGUGGACAGAGGAGCCUUCAUAGCCAGCGCCAGACAGUGGACAGCCUUCACCAUCAUCAUGGUGGAGGACCAGCGUGCUGACCAAGGGGACUUUGUGCUGAGCGAAGGCUUCAUCUGUUACGGCUGUGUGGUUCAGUUAGUGUGCACUGAGUCUGGAGUUACUCUGCCACCCAUGGUGAUCCGUAAGGUCAACAAGCAGCACGCCAUUUUAGACGUGGACGAGCCGGUUUCUCAGCUCCACAAGUGCGCCUUCCAGUUCAGAGACAACCCAAACGCAUACCUGUGUUUAUCUAAUGACACCAUCAUACAGUACCAGGCCCCGUCCAGCGUCAGAGACCCCAGCAGAGUGGUGCUGAACGACGGAUCCUGUUGGACCAUCAUCGGAGUGGAAGUAGUGGAAUUCACCUUUAAUCAGGGUUUUGCCUGCAUCCAGACACCAGUUACUCCUUUUCCUGUUAUCACCGGGUUAGAGGUGAAUGGUGGAGGACAUGUUGCCAUGCUGGAGAUCCACGGAGAAAACUUCAGCCCUCAUCUCAAAGUCUGGUUUGGAAACAGCGAGACUGAGACGAUGUUCAAGUCUCCCAAAUCUCUGCUCUGUGUCGUUCCUGACGUCUCGGUGUUCACUGACGGUUGGCGCUGUUUGCGACGCAUCAUCACUGUCCCCCUGUCUCUCAUCCGACUGGAUGGCCUGAUUUAUCGCACCUCCUUCAGUUUCACCUACACCCCCGAGCUCCAGCCGCCUCCGCCCGUCCGAGGAGCAGCAGGAGGAGGGAAGAGGGAGGGAAUGAUUGAGGGAGGACAGGAGGAAGACAUCCUGUUAGAGACCAUACAUCAGGAGUUCACCAGAGCCAACUUCCACCUCUUCAUGCAGAGUUAGUUCACCUUUUGAUAAUGGUUAGUUCAGAUUUAUUGGUUUUGGGUUAAUGCCGGUCCUGUGUCUAUGAACUGUGUGCAGAUUUAAACCCAUUCUGGACCAAGAUGUUCCAUCUUUGUACUCUUAAUUUAACCAUGAUAUGUUUAUUGGAGCAGAAUAUUUGAUAGAUAUACUGGAAAGAAUUAAUCAUUAAGAUAAUUAUGAAGAAUCCAGUUCACACCAGUUCCCCUAAACUGUUUAGAUUGUUUGAGAGAAUCAAUCACACAAUCCUCCAAAUAUGGAUUGUAGUUGGGACACAAUGGUGCCAUGUUUUAAUUAUUUUAUGCCUUAUAUAUAGUUGAGAGAUGCAACAAGGGUCCCCAGCCGGACUGUUGCAGUCCACUUUUGGCUUAACCUCCCCUUGUGGAUGAGUCUUGACCCAUGAGCAGUUGACGGUGCUACUUUUAUUCUGAAAAUGAUAUUCUUAUGCUUCAUUAUUUACAUUAGUGAAGUGUGUUUCUCGGAUAAAUGACAAACCAACUUUGUUUUAUGCCAACCGUAUCAAAGUCAAGCACUUUGUACACUCGGUCCCUUCCUGGUCUUCCACAGAGAUUUUCACAGCAGUAUAACAACAUCACCAUUAACUGUAUUGAUACUAAAUGUUGAAUGUGAACAUAAAUCAAUAAAUUAAUAUUAUUGGACAUUUAAGGAAA